UAGUAUGAGAUUUGUAUUGUAAUUUGUAUGUAAAAUUGAGAAUUACCCUAGUUUCUGAUAGUUUCUAAGUUAUUGCGAAUUUUGAACAGAUUCCAUAUGUAGUACGCUUACGACCAUAAUUUUGUUUUAUAAAACAAUGAGCCUUAUUACACUCAUUUCCUAGAACAUAAAUUAAAAGUAAAAGAGUACCUACUAACUAAAUUUACAUAUAAUUUUAAUUUUGUAGAGAUGUUGCUUUCUGCGAGUACUCUUAUUUAUAGAAAAGUUGGUAAAAAAUGUUUUCGUAUGUUAAAUGUAAGAUACAUGUGCAUUGGAAAUCGUGGACAUUUACAACAAACUGGCAAUAUUAGUCACGUUAUGAAAAAUGUAAUCUAUCGGCAUUUGAAGACUUCAACUUAUAUUUUGGAUAAAAGUGGAUCUGUAAAUGUUAAAAAUAAAGAUCCAGAGACGGAAGACAAGUUAAGUAAAGGUGUGAGAGAAAUUGUUGUUAAGACUGAAACAGAUGAAAAUAAAGUUGUUACAAAAGUCACUAUUGAAAAACCGCAAAAGGCUGCUUCAACAACUAAAGAAGAAAUUGCUCCUCAAGUCAAGAAAAGGCUAUUGAUUGAUUUUUCGGCGUCAUAUACUGAACGUAACUUUAUAACACCAAUGCGUGCAAUGACUGAGUAUUUGUUAAAGCAAUCUGAUUUAGAAUCAUUACCAAAGGUGCUUCGAAGAUCACCAUAUGAAUCUGAACCACCUAUAACUGUCCACUAUCGUAAAGAUGUUGAAGCAAAGGCUAUUGAGGUGUGGGGGUCAAGAGAAGUAUUGGAGAAAGAAUUAUUGCGAAGAGAACUAGACAGAAGAAGAUAUGAACAAGAUGUUUUCACUGUUAAACGACGAUUACGUAAUUAUAGAAGAGAAAUGAGUGAUAAGCGAUUAAAACAAGCAGAGGAAUUGGGUUUAAAGACAAGAUCUGGUAGAGUUGUCCUCACUGCGAUAGGAAUAAAUGGAUGUAACUUUCUGUUUAAACUCUGCGCUUGGUUCUACACGGGUUCACACAGCCUGUUCUCAGAAUGCAUACAUUCCCUUGCAGACACUGUUAAUCAACUGAUACUGGCUUAUGGAAUACACAAAUCUGUUCAAAUAGCAGAUCCAGACCACCCAUAUGGUUAUACAAAUAUGAGAUAUGUUUCCUCUCUCAUCUCCGGAGUGGGAAUAUUCUGUGUGGGAAGUGGCUUGUCAUUUUACCACGGAGUAGUGGGCAUAUUGGAUCCACAGCCACUUCAUGACUUUUUCUGGGCUUAUUUCGUCCUCGGUGGAGCUGUAGUAUCAGAAGGUGCAACUCUCAUGGUUGCUUUAAGUGCAAUAAGAAAAGGUGCUAAAGAAGCUAAUAUGUCUUUAAGAGAAUAUGUUCUGAGGAGUUCAGACCCAUCUGUGAAUGUAGUGUUAUUAGAAGACACAGCGGCAGUCGCGGGUGUUGUAGUGGCAGCAAGUUGCAUGGCUGUCUCUCAGUACACCGGUAACCCACUGUUUGACGCUGUCGGAAGCAUACUGGUAGGCACUAUACUGGGUGGUGUCGCCUCCUUCAUUAUAUUGAGCAAUGUUGGAGCACUCGUUGGCAGAUCCAUUCCACAGGAACAGUUAGAUGAAAUAAACAGUGUACUGGAAAGGGAUUUUAUGAUUAGAGCGAUUCAUGACGUGAAGGGUAUAGAUAUAGGUAGCAACUUGAUAAGAUACAAAGCCGAAGUUGAUUUCGACGGUAGAGCGUUGACGCGAUCGUAUUUAGAGAAACACGAUUUAAAUGCAUUGUUAGAGGACAUAAGGAAAAUCGAGACCAUAGACAAUGUAGAAGCAUUCCUUCUAAAACAUGGCGAGAAUAUUGUGGACAUGUUGGGCGGAGAGAUUGACAGGAUAGAGUUAAAAUUAAGGAAAAAGUUUCCACAAAUACGACAUUGCGAUUUGGAGAUUCUCUAAUACAAUACGUGAUCUAUAACCAAACUCCACUCUUCUUGUUUUUUUUUUAUUUAAUUAACUUAUUUUUUAUUGUUGAGAUAUAAUUUGUAAGCCACCAUAUACACAAUAGUUAUUAUUUAAGUUUUACUUUGUGAAUUUUAACCGAUAACUAUAAAAAAUAUAUAGCAAUAUUAUUCAUAUUUGUUAUUAAAUUUGACUUUUACUAUUAUAAAAUGCAUAAUUCUUUUAUUUUAUUAAAGUACAAAAAAAUAUAUUAACACUGUAAUUUUUUUAUGAAAAUAACAGUAGUUAAUUACUUAUCUAGAUAAUUUUUCAGUUUACACUAAUUUCUUAUUAUUAGAACGUAUACGCACGGCCGCUUUUUUUAACGUUGAAAACUACGUUGGCGGCACUUAAGCGAUGAAUUUUGCCCGUCAAGGGGUAUUACUGUACCCGCUUAAAAGCCUUGAUUUCUAUAUUGAAUGUGAUAGAAAGAGAUUAGGAAAUGUGCCUUUUAGGCUAUUGGAUAAGAAGUUUCAGAUGUGACAAUAUAACUAUGAGUUUACACUGCGGUAACACUUAUACAAAAACAUAUUGUUAUCUCAAUUUUUAUAACAAGAACAUAAAGGAUGGCGAUAUGUUUGUUAUAACGUAUUUUGAAGACGUACGUGCUAAAUUAGUGAACGUAGAACGAUAUUAUGUCAAAAUGUAUUUGAAAAUUAUACAAAAUUAUAAUAUAUGCGUUCAUAAUUAUUAACUGCUCGCUCGCUUAAAGUACAAUUAUUAAUUUGAUUCUGCAAUGAUUGUAGCUGUCUUAACCUUCCCCAUCCGAUGAAAAGAGUUACAUCUCUUACGAAAUAUCAUGUUCAUAUAAUCUUAGCACAUAUAUUUAUGACCAGUGUUAUAUUUUAGCUUAUAGAUUCGUCUCAACUUAGAACUCUGUGAUUUUGUUGUAUAUAAUGGUAUGUUUAAGAAGUAAGGGUGUACCUUUUGUGUACAGAUUGGUGUAAAUAAAAUAAAUGAGCUUGA